AGAACAGGCCAAAGAAUGAGUGAAAGAAAGAGCAGAGAGAGAGAGAGGACUGAAUGAGAGCGUGUGACACAAAAGAGGGACAGUUAGAAACCAAAGAAGGGGACUUCUUCGACAGUCCAGCAGAAGGGCCGACAAUGCGUCUCUUCAUCAGGACACACUGCUGUCUUCUAUAAGCCAACAAAGUCAGUCUGACCCCAGGCGUGAUGUUGGGGACGGUCCAGCCCUGUCUUAUCCUGGCCCUGCUCUUGUCUCUUCACGCUACGGACUGUGACGCAACAUCGCAAGGGCUCUCCUGUGUGAACGACUUCAUCAACAACGUCACUUGUACGUGGCACAGAUCUUCGGCGGAUGCUAGCCGGGACUGUUGGAUCACAGGCCACAAGAUAAAAUCGAUGAUGGAGAGCAAUUCAACUGUUAUCAGCCAAAACUGCAAAGUGCAAGAUCGUGCUAACUCGGCGCCAGGAUGCAGCUUUGUCUUCGAAAAUAACACGUUCACCCAUUUUGAAACGAUGCCCAUCAUCAAUACGACGUGCAACAGGACGCUGAUCCUCAAAGACUAUCUAGCCGAUAGACACAUUCAAAUGCACCCUCCGGGCCUCCCUAAUGUCACCUGCGCUGACAAUGAAACCGUGAUCCGGUGGGGUCCAAGCAGCCCCCUUUCCAAGUUGCUGGAUAAUUUGGAGUACGAAGUCCACAUCCAACACAGUGACCCAAAGAUGGAGGAGACCCACACAUUCCACUCCAGCAAACCCCCAGCAAGGAUCCCUGCUUGGAAGCUAAAAGGCAAGUACCAGGUUCGGGUGCGAGUCAAGCCAGAAGACAUGGAAGGGAGCAUCUGGAGUGAGUGGAGUCCAACCACAGUAUGGGCGACACUAUCCGAGAAUACAGGUUGGGGUCUGGAUGCAACUUAUUUCAUCCUCGCUGUUUUCAUCAUCAUGGCUGUCAUUGCUAUGAUGCUGGCUUUUUACAAAAGUAUUGUCAACAAGAGGCUCUUCAAAGCAAAGCCAGUUCCUAAUCCUUCCAAAUACUUUCAAUCGCUUCACUCUGUCCACAGUGGAAAUCUGAAGAAAUGGCUGAAUCCUCAUUGCGCUGCUGAAAUCUUGGACACUACCCAGCCUGUCGACCACAUCUCCCCUGUGGAGGUGUGUGAGAGCAGGGGUAUGGGUCCUAACAACGCCACCUGUGCCCCACCACCUCCGAGCCCGUCAGACUCAAACAGGCUGGUGGAGAACUCCCCUGCUUCGUCUGGUUUCUCUAACUUGGACUACUUUGUGUCAGGCUCCUCCGGCAGCUCCCUUCCGACCGAUCCCUACUUCGCCUACAAGGACGACGCCCACAUGCUGCACAAGGCACAACACCUCCACCUGACCAAUACAUCUCUGAGCUGGGAGAGCGUAAGGAGCAGCGCACAAAGCCCGGAUUCCGGAUUUUGCGUUGGAAAGGAAGAUGUGGAGAUCAAAGAUGAACAGAAUACAAGUGGAGAGGAGGACCAGGUCUCAGGUCAUCUCAGCUCUUCCCAACUGAGCCUCCCUCUCAAUAUUCCCGUCCAGAUAAGCGGCCCCUCCUCCCCUCCUCCCCUAUCUCAGAUAUCAGCCGAUAGCGCGCCGACGCAACCACUUAUGCUAGCUGCUAAUGUAAGCGCCGCAGGCUGGCCUGUACAAUGUACGAUGCACAGGUCUUCCUCCAUGCCGGUGGAGUCGAGCAAAGCGGGCUAUUUCCUCCUCCAAGAGAUACAAACUACUUUUAGCAACGCGUCUAUCUGACCUCUGUUCAAACACAUUUUUCCAUGUUGCUGCUGAAACUCAAGGAAGAAAAAAAAAAAGAAAUAAUGGGUUGCCGUAUUUGUGGCAUAAGAAAGGGGCAGCAGAUGGCAAUGAGAAGUUUAUGUUUCUUUGCUACCACGAUGCAAAAAGGUCUAUACCAGGGGUGUCAAACGUAUGGCUCGAGGGCCGGAUCAGGCAUGCGAACAGGUUUUAUCCGGCCCGCGGGAUGAGUUUGCUCAGUAUAAAAAUGUACCUGAAAUUUUUGAAUGCAAGAAACAGCUGUUCUAAAUGUGUCCACUGGAUGUCACAAUAGCAAUUAUUUGUAUCUUUGUAGAUGAUGCUACAUAUGUACAAAAUAAACCACAUGACGUUAGUACAUCAGUCGAGUAAAAUGAUCAAACUACAUAAAUAACAUCCUGUAAUUUGAUUUUGAUAUAAUUUUUUUUAUCUUGAUGGACUGAAAAUUAACACCAAUGAGUUGACUGAUAAACAUUACCACAUAAUUUAUUUAGAAAAUAAAAAUAACGACAAAUAAAUAUAGAAUACUAUUAACCGCAACAUGUAAGUGUAAAAAAAACCCAACAACAUUAUGAUUUGUACAAUUUCAGAAUGUGCUUGUUCUAUUUUUAAACAAAGAAAACAAUCUGAAGUUGUCUUUAUUUUCAUGUUAUCGUGCCGUGAUUUUACCAGUCCGGCCCAGUAGGGAAAAGAUUUUUCUCCAUGUGACCCCGAUCUAAAAUUACUUUGACACCCCUGGUCUAUACGGAACAAAAGGUUUAGGGAUGGGCCGAUCGAUCGAUCGAUCGAUAUUGGAUAUUGGAUAUGUUACCACCCUUACCGAUUAAUGACACUGUAUUUUUUUUGGUCCCCUGGCUGAAAAGCGGCUAGCUGCUUGUGUCUCCAUACACAGUGUGGCGCUGCGCCCCCCAAAUUAACAAUAACUAUUACAGAAAAUAAAUCCAAUUUUUUAGUGUCUUAAGUAUCUUAUAACCGGUUCUUGUUCAGAACCAGUUCCUUGGAAUCGUUUGCCAAGUGAUUCUCUUAAUGGCUCUACCGAGUGGGUAUGACGUCAUUAGGCAAAAUGGUGGUGCCCGAUCGGAACAAACAUUAACGCUUUACAAUAAGGUAUUGCAACAGUGCUACUUGUAAUAACUAUAAAGCUGCUAGUUCAUCAAGAGGAGGACAUGCGAGCAAUAUGCUGAAACAUUUGAACACACAGCAUGCAAUAAUUAUAAAUGAAAGUCACGUUUUUGAACUGCUCUGAUCUAAUCCCAGCAAAGCAAGUCAUCUGAAUACAACAGGUACUAACUAGCGCUAUCAAUUGUUAAAUUGAAAUGAAUGCAGCCUCAUUAGGAUGAGAAUGACGAUAAACAGAUUGUGACUGGCUCUGAAACGGGCAGCUCCAGUUCAUGUCUGCCGCUAGACGAAUGUCACCGAGUAGAGACUAAGUUUGUGGUCAAAAGCUUGCAUCGAUUUGCUACAGUAGAUACUCCUAAUUUUCGGUAGGUGAAUGUUCAAUUGUCGUCAGAGAAAAGUUUGCAUGUUUUCCUCACACCAGAUUUUCUCUCAGUCAUUGUAUUACACAGGUGAAACAAAAAAAAAUGUCAAUGUCAUGUACAAGUCCAUUCAUGCCAGCAAUGUGAUAUUAAUUUAUUACAUGUAAAGUGAGGUAUGUUAAGCCUUUAUUAUUUUGAUGAUCAUGGCUUACAUUUGUUGAAACCCGACAUUUUCUGAGAUUUUUAAAUUCUAGGUUUUCAUAAAUCAUCAAAAUUAUAACCAAUAAAGGUUUGCCAUACCGUACAGGCCAAAAGUUUGGACACACCUUCUCAAUCAAUGGGUUUUCUUUAUUUUCAUGACUAUUUACAUUGU